GAGAUAACAGUUCAGGACUGGGCCCAGACUGUUGGAGGGGUGGCCAACAUCAGACUCCUCACUCCCUACACAGAGAUAAUCCUGUUCCCGUCGCUGAUCACAAUUCGUGUAGGUUCCUGAAACACCCGACUAAUUCUGCCUGGUGUCUGAACUAGCGAGUGGAAGGCUGUGAGAGGAAAACCCAUGGAACAGGAAAGGGGCCAUGAGUCACUAACUUAAUUUUAAUUCUGCUGGGUUAUAGGAGUUUAAAUCUUUCCUUUUGUACUUUUUGCAGUAAAUUGAUGUGUUUCACCAUUGUGGUGUGGACUAAAACAUUCUUAAUAAUUUGGUAAGUACCUUUUUUUAAAAAAUGGAGCAGACUGACAAUCUCAAAAAUAUAAACACUCAAGUGAAAUUCCUGAAUCUAAAUUCUGGCCCAAGUUGUACUUGUGUCUCCUCCAGAGGAUGACUUUCGCUGGAAAUGGUCUGAAAGAAGAGAAAACCAUCAUGCAAUGGGGUUCUUGAACACAAACUUAAAAUAUCUCACUGGCAAAUCAACCAAAAAGUCUAAUGGCUAGGAUCUUCAAAACUAAAUAUGAUAAACUACACCCACAGUUAUUCCAACUGCAUGGGACAAUAUGUGGAUAAGGAUAAAUUUGAGACAGACAAAGUGGAUAAAGAAAACAGUCUGCCAUAUUUCUUGGAAUAGGUAUUGACACAUGAUUGCGGACAACUAAUUGAAUCUACUGCUUUGUACUGAUCUGGAAAUAUCACUGAGAAGCAGAUGUCGACCACUGGGGAGAUGCCAGUUCUCCUAUUUCUGAAGCAUGCAGAAAAAUAAUUCAACAACUUUGCAAAUUUAUAUAAGAUGUAAAGAUUCAGAAAAUGCUAACUGUUCUCUCAGUGACUCAGCAAACUUAUCAAGUAAGCAAGCUACCAAAUAGCUGGGAAGUCUCACAGCGAAUUCAGUUUGUAUUAAGUUCAUUGAUCUCUGUCGGAUUGGUAGAAGGAACAAUAAUUAGUUUUCCUUGAGGUAAGAAAAUAAGACAGUACACCAAGCAACAAAUUUUGCCGCAAAAGAUGUUUAUGGUUUGAGGGAUUCUAUGAUGAUAUCAAAUGCUGCAGGCUGGACACGAAGGAUAGCUUAUCUUUUUGACAGUCACACAGGAUGAUAUUUGUGUCUUUGAUAAAUGGUAAAUUACAAAACACAGGAACUAACUUUGAGUCUGUACUACAUAAGAUCAAAAGAAGGAUGCUGGUUUCCCCAGGAUUAGCCAUGCUAUUUCUCCUGAGGUCUUCCAAUGCUGAAUUAUGUCCAGAACCCUGCAAGUGCAAAUUUGUUUCUCAGGGUAUGAUAAUUAAUUGCAGCUCCAGAGGUCUACAGGAAUUGCCAUUUAUUCCAGAAAAUACAACAGAGCUUUAUUUACAUAAUAACAUUCUAACUACAGUUGCUCCAGGAGCCUUUGACAAAUUGCAGAAUCUGCAGGCUAUUAGCCUCCAUAACAACAUCUGGAACUGUGAUUGCCAUAUUGCAUACCUCAAACAGUGGCUGCAGAACCCACCAACAAUAGUUCAGCCUAAUGUCACCUGUUUCACACCUAUUGCUGUUAGAAAGAAGCCUGUGGCAGAACUAAGAGGACUGGAAUAUUCAAGGUGUCAUUCAUAUAAGCGACAUCAAUGCCGUGACUUAUACUUCAAAAGCAUCGCUCUUUGUCUUCUCCUUUUGCUUUUCCUCCUUCUGAUGUUGUUUUCACUCAUCAAUUUCAAAUCGAAAAGCUACGUAUUUACUCCAAAUAUUGGACUUAAAGAAUCUGAUCUCAUUCCUUCAGUGGAGCAAAGAACGGCAAAGAGACGUGUACAAAAUGAGAGGACUCAGGAUUCAAGUAUUGAAUCAUCGAAUGAUGAGUUAAUAGAGAAACCUUUUAUCUGUGACAGUAUGGAAAUUUUGCCACAGAUAUUAUGUACACUGCAUGCAAAGCAUAACAUUAAAAUUAAAUUGCAGUGAG